AUCCACAUUCGUAUGUUAAAUCACGCGCACUUGUUUUUGUUAAUGGGGGGUGUGGGUGAAAAACUUUUCAUUUCUGUAGUGUUAAUUGUUUUCACAUAUUAUUCUUUAUCUUAGAUCUCCUGUAGUUGGUAAUCGCAAUACUGGUACAUGUAUACCAGUAUUGUCCACAAUACUGAUAUACAAAUUUUGUACCAGUAUUGUAACUUUUUUUAGGUAGAUUAGUACCAUUGUCACUACCAUAUAUAUGGACAAUACAAUUUUUAACAGAUAUAUCUUCUGGUACAAACACUUAUACAUUUUUGUACUAGGCAAGCACUUUGACAGUAAGAGAGCUGUACAGGUGCUAUCUGAAAAAGUUUUUAAUCUAGUAAGAGAAAGUACACAAAGACUGAAUACCUAAAUAUCAAUAUAGGAAGUGUAGAGGGAGGAUUUGCAGAAAUACCAUCUUAAUAACAUAUACUAUAGACACUAAAAUAUACUACUAAGACCUGAAAUGAUAUAGUUAAAAGAAAACAUAGAAGAAAGUAAAGAGUUUGUUUAAAUGCUGAGACAGCAUAGUUCCCUUAAGCAAUGUUAAGGAAAAAACAUCAGAAAAUUCAAAACUUUCUUUAUGACAAUCACAGUGUUGCAUCAAUGGCAUCAUCAGUUAAACAUACAAUUAUUCCUUAUUCAAUUGUCAUGUCAUAUGUUAAUUUCAUUAUGCAUAUAUAUGUGACACCUUUGAUAUCUUUAAAACACUGGCUAUUAUGUAAUCACUUGAAUUACUAUUAUCUACAAAUGAUAUUUUCUGUCUUUUAUGUCCACCCACCCCAUUAUUUUUUUCUUCUUUAAAUCCUAUCCACAUCCUCAUUUAUAGUUUAUAGGGAUAUAAGCCUUAUUAUAACAAACUUACCACUUAAUAGGAACUAUGGCUGUGUUGACAUCUAAAAUAAUACUCAGAAUUAACUGAGCAGAGGAAAACAUCUUGACUCUUGAGGCCUUUAUUUCUAAUUGCUUUAAUUAUCUUAAUUUACUCUUAAACUUGACACAAUGACCAAUGAUAUGAUUUGUUGCAUUUAUAAAAAUAAAGAUUCUACUACUGCACUAAGUUUGAAAAUUAAGAUUAAAACAAAUUGCAUCUAUAGUAUUCUAAUAGUGGUUAGAAAAACAGCAACUUCUUCUUCUUCGGCUUUGGAUUCGGAUUCGGAAUGUGUAAAAGAGUCGCUUAAGCUUGUAAAAUAUUUUUUUAUGGAUGACCUUAUCAUGCUGAUAUUAGAAAUAUUAUUUAUAUAAUUUGAUAACCAUAUUUCCUUUAUAAUUAUGUAAUAUUCUUUUCAUUGAUAAAACCAGUAACAAAUAAAAUUGAGAAAGGAAAUGAGGAAUGUGUCAAAGCGACAACAACCCGACCAUAAAGCAGACAACAGCCAAAGGCCACCAAUGGGUCUUCAAUGUAUCAAGAAACUCCCGCAACCAGAGGUGUCUUUCAGCUGGCCCCUUAAUAAAUAUGUAUACUAGUUCAGUGAUAAUGAACAUCAUACUAAACUCUGAAUUAUAUACAAGAAACUAAAAUUAAAAAUCAUACAAGACUAACAAAGGCCAGAGGCUCCUGACUUGGGACAGGCGCAAAAUUGCAGCAGGUUUAACAUGUUUAUGAGAUCUGAACCGUCUCCCUAUUCCUCUAGCCAAUGUAGAUAAGUGAACAAAUGCUUGUUUAAUAGCAUUACUUUCAGGUUCCUUUGACACAAGGUUUCACCUCGAUAUGAAAUGUAUUCAGUAUAAACAUGAUAAAGUUAAUACUAAAACCACUCACAGUGUAAAUAUUUUUCAGAAAACAAACUUAUCAGAGGAGACCAAGGAUAUUUUGAAGGAGCUGUUUGCCCAAGGCAUGGACUCCAAAGGUAUAACAAGCAGUGCGCUGCACAACAAGGCUGUUGAAAGAACAGGACUGCCGUUACAGGUUAUCAAGGACUGGAUUGGCAAUUAUAAAAAAGUCGUGGAGGGAAGGAAAUAUGAAGCACAGCCACGGACAUUAUACCUCAAAGGAAUGACUGGGUAUAAUUGUUUUGUUAGAGAGAAAAAAGAUCAAUUUAAUGACAUAGCAGACUGGGCCCCUGCCUGGAAUUUGUUAGGGCAGGAGGAAAAGGAGGAAUACAAACAGAAGGCCAAAGAAAAGCCAGUGGUACCACCUCAACCACAACAGAAAGAUGCCUUUAAAAGGCUUAAGAUUAUCAGAGAACAUAUUGUUGAACUUGAAAAGCAUAGUGUAGAUGUAGCUCUGGUAGGCAUUGACACCAACACUGGAUCCCAGAUCCUUUUAGGAGAUGGAAAAUCUGCUGCCUUCCUUAAAUCAGAGGACAUCCUGCAGAAUUUGUUUGCUUUUCAUUCACUAGGAACCAAAGAAGUACCAAAAGACUUAAAAAGUCUUCAACAGGAGGCUCAAACCCACAUGAACAAGUUGUAUUCAAAAGCAGUGGGAAAAAAACAAGCUUUCCCAUACACCAAAGUUAAAAAAGGAAACAUACAAGUGAAUGGUAUCCCCCUUGAUGUUCUCCCCCUAGUACCUAUGUCAAAUUAUGGGGAGAAAAAAAUGAAAAUGAUAUUAAACAUAAAGGAAAUUUCGGUUGAAGUGCCCACAUCUCCUGAAUAUGAGGUAUUAUCAUUACCAGUUGACAAUGCUAUAGAAACAGAAUUGAAUAUGAAGGUGCAGAAGGCUGUUGAGGAGGAUAACUUGAUUGAACCUGGAAGUGAAGAACUACUCUAUAAUUUACUGGUGACUCCUGAGUUUGAAGAAAACAUUUAUUCACUUGCAUCACCAGCAGUCACACACAUACUCCCAUCACAACCAGUCACACAUGCACUCACAUCACCACCAGUCACACAUACACUCACAUCACCACCAGUCACACAUACACUACCAUCACUACCAGUCACACAAACACAACCAAACAAAACAACAGUCAAAAAAUCAUUAAAAAACCCAUCAGCCAAACAAACAUUCACACUAAAAAAAAAAACAGCCAAACAAACACUCACACUAAAAAAAACACCAGUCACACAUACACUCACAUCAACACAAGUCACACAUACACUACCAUCACCACCAGUCACACAAACACUUCCAUCACCACCAGUCACACAUACAUUCACAUCACCACCAGUCACACAAACACUUCCAUCACCACCAGUCACACAUACACGCACAUCAUCACCAGUCACAUAUACAGUACCAUCACCACCAAUCACACAUACAGUACCAUCACCACCAAUCACACAUACAGUACAAUCACCACCAGUCACACUAGCACUCACAUCACCACCAGUCACACUAGCACUCACUUCACCACCAGUCACACAUAUAGUACCAUCACCACCAGUCACACAUAUAGUACCAUCACCACCAGUCACACAUAUAGUACCAUCACCACCAGUCACACAAACAGUACCAUCACCACCAGUCACACAUACACUACCAUCACCACCAGUCACACAUACACUCACAUCACCACCGGUCACACAUACACUCACAUCACCACCAGUCACACUAGCACUCACAUCACCACCAGUCACACAUACAGUACCAUCACCACCAGUCACACAUACAGUAUCAUCACCACCAGUCACACAUACAGUACCAUCACCACCAGUCACACAUACAGUACCAUCACCACCAGUCACACAUACACUCACAUCACCACCAGUCACACAUACACUCACAUCACCACCAGUCACACAUACACUCACAUCACCUCCAGUCACACUAGCACUCACAUCACCACCAGUCACAAAUACACUCACAUCACCACCAGUCACACUAGCACUCACAUCACUACCAGUCACACAUACACUCACAUCACCACCAGUCACACUAGCACUCACAUCACCACCAGUCACACAUACACUCACAUCACCACCAGUCACACUAGCACUCACAUCAGCACCAGUCACACAUACCAGCAAAAGACCAAGGGGGACAGCUGCUAACAGGACAAAAGCCACUAAAAAGAGAAAGAACAACAAAGAAUGGGGAGUGAAAGGCAUCAUUGCCACGAGAAAUGUCGGAAACUCACGAGAGUACCUGAUUCAUUGGGAUGGAUUUAACCAUGACCAUGAUUCAUGGGAGCCAGAAUUUAAUCUGACUCCAAGUCUAAUUGGACAGUUUUUUUCCAAUAAAAUUUGAUUUAAA